AUGCGCCCGCCGCGGCCAAGAACAUAUGGACCUCAAGAACACAUGCACUUCCCCGACAAGAAGAACAUCGCGAUCUCACCGUUUGAUCUGCCGGACGAAGAGGCUUGGGAUGUUGUCCCGCAGGAUGGCUCCGCCCCGAGGAUCCAUCCUGCCAGUCCUGGAGCAUGCAGCAUUCAUUCUGUCAGUGUUGGAGGAUGCGAACCGCUUAUCCCCAAGCUGCCAUGCAUGUGCGACAUCAAUUCGAUAUAUCCCGGACAGACCAUUGCAGGCAGGUUACCCCACAUCGUGCAUAAAAAGGUCGUCAAUCAUCUCGGCUCCAAGGACCUCAUCGAGGCCGUUUUUGUCAACGCAGAAUGGCGCCGCGAGGCAACACCGCUCGUAGUGCGCCACAUGCACGUCAACCCCGGGGACCUCAUCCACCCGCUGAAGAUCUUCGACACGCACGGCAAGCAUGUCGCAAUGCAGGUGGUGGGGGACGACCAGACUCUGAUAUCGACAACGAUCGACAAAUAUAACCUCGUGGUCGACCUAGAGGACACAAACUUGAACCCAUGCCGCCCCAUCAACGGCUUCGUCGUCUAUUUUAGCAACACUCUGAUUCUACGGCGGCAUGGCCGAUCCACAUACCCCAUUCGUGCCCCCACUAUCGUUGACUUUGAUGCACCCUCACUCCAGGGGGAUGCUUUUCGCGGGGAAGUACGUUGCGUCCGCUACGUCGUCCCGAACAUCGCGUACAUGCGAGAUCACUGGAGCCUACACAAGAUCUCCAAACUCAAGCGCACCCACUAUCAAUCCAUCCCUGCGGUAUCGUUCAGCCAUCUCCAGGGCAUUGACCGCGAGACUCCGAGGGAAAUCGUCUUCAUGUUCUUGGAGGACGAACCGGCUGAGCUCGAUGAGGCGUUUCCGUUAGUCAAGAAAGGGCUUAGUCUCAUGAUGGUCUACAGCCGGCCGCUGCCCAAGAUUACGUUUGUCGGACUCCGGCCCAACGAUCGCCGUGGGGACACCUUGGAGGAGCAGUUGGAGGAGUAUAUUCCCCUCACCUGGACCAUCGCCGCGGCGUUCUCCCCAGACUCCCUCUGUAUCAUCGCCGACUAG